GCGUGUGUGAGUGGCUUUGAGGUGACAGUCGCUAGCUCUCACACAACAAGGAAGUGCAAGAUAUGUCGCUCAAGUGAAGGCGCAAACUCGCUCAAACCGUCGACUUUUCCGUGCGAGCUCCAUUUCGCUGUCUCCUUCUUAGGCCCUGUUGAGACCUGGUGCGUGCGCCUCAAGUGAUCUGAUCACAGGUGGACAGCUCUAAAUACAGGAGUAAAAGCACCCAAGAUGCAUUGAAGACGCAUUUACAGGUGGUUCCAGUGCUUCCCGUGUCAGCCAUGCAUCCUCUCGCUGCCGAUUUCCCAGCAGCUUCCUCUAAACUGGAGAUUAGCCAGGCCACCAUGUCAGCAUGUCCCCCAUCAGUCUCUUCAGCUUGAGCUCACAUCAGCUGCCCAUCACUGUGAGUGUCGGUACUUCUGUCCAAACAUGGCACCUGUUCCUCCUGGGAUCCGCAUGUUGGUUUCCUUCAACAGGGACCAGUGGUACAGAGCUCUCACCUUUAUCCUCACCUUCCUGCUUUAUACCAGUUUUCACCUCUCAAGGAAACCUAUUAGCAUCGUCAAGAGUGAGCUCCAUAAGAACUGCUCAUCUGUCAGUGAGCUAGCCACCAUUGCUUCCAGUAGCAGCAGCAGCAGCACCGACAACCAGCAUCCCUCCUUGCCAUCCCUCCACACAGACAUGGACUGUAGCUGGAAGCCUUUUGAUAAAAGCAACUACAAACAGCUGCUGGGAGCCAUGGACUACUCCUUCCUCUGUGCCUAUGCUAUAGGAAUGUACCUCAGCGGCAUUAUCGGGGAGCGUCUGCCCAUUCGACUGUACCUGACUGUGGGCAUGCUGACCAGCGGCCUGUUCACCUGCCUGUUUGGACUGGGUUAUGUCUACAACAUCCACAGCCUGGGCUUCUAUAUAUUUGUCCAGGUGGCUAACGGCUUGGUCCAAACCACUGGCUGGCCCAGUGUGGUGACCUGCAUCGGCAACUGGUUUGGAAAGGGAAGGCGUGGACUCAUCAUGGGACUGUGGAACUCCCACACUUCAGUGGGCAACAUCCUGGGCUCUCUGAUUGCGGGCUACUGGGUCUCCUCCAACUGGGGCCUGUCCUUCAUCGUACCAGGGCUCAUCAUCGCAUUCAUGGGCAUCGUCUGCUUCCUCUUCCUCAUUGAGCAUCCAAAUGACCUAAAAAGCAUGUAUGCUCAAAAUUCUUCCCCAGGCAAGAGUGUUCCAACCAAGAGUUGGAAUGGAGUAAAUGGACAUACUGAGGUGUUUCUGCAAUACAAGGACAACAAAACCCAGGCAUACUACUAUUACGAGGAUAGUAUUCAAAACAGGAAGAGCUACGACACAGAGCUGUUGUUGCCCAGGGACAGUGUGCGCGUCCCCGUGCAACCUGUUGUGGUGGUGAAGAGCGAAUCGGAGCUGUCCGCCAUCAGCUUCAUGGGAGCCCUACGAAUACCAGGAGUGAUCGAGUUCUCUCUGUGUCUGCUGUUUGCCAAGCUGGUCAGUUACACCUUCCUCUUCUGGCUGCCGCUCUACAUCACUAAGGCAGCUCACCUGGAUGCCAAGAGGGCUGGAGAUCUCUCCACUCUGUUUGAUGUAGGAGGAAUUGUGGGGGGGAUCCUGGCAGGAGUGAUCUCUGAUAAACUGGGGAAGAGAGCCACCACCUGUGCAGUCAUGUUGCUGCUGGCUGCUCCUACACUGUAUGGCUUCUCCAUGAUCAGUGAGUUCGGUCUGGGGCCAACCAUCGGCAUGCUGCUAGUGUGUGGAGGUCUAGUCAAUGGACCAUACGCUCUCAUCACAACUGCAGUGUCUGCUGAUUUAGGAACCCAUAAGAGCCUGAAAGGCAACGCUAGAGCUUUGUCUACUGUCACUGCCAUCAUCGAUGGCACAGGAUCUGUAGGUGCAGCACUAGGCCCCCUGCUGGCUGGCCUUUUGUCUGCAGGAGGCUGGGAUCAGGUCUUCUACAUGCUGAUGACUGCUGACUUCCUUGCUCUGUUGCUUUUGCUACGACUUGUGACCAAGGAACUUGCCUCACCUAAAUCCCGUCCCAUCUCCACUGUAGAGUUGAAGGAGCAUUGAGCACUUUGAUUGCACUGUCUACACACACACACACACACGCACACACACAGAGUGCAUUGGAACCACUUGUAUAAGCCUGAAAUGGACUGUGACUCUGACAAUAACUGGGCUGCAUGUAUGUGUGCCCACACACAGACACGCACACACACACACACACACACACAAUGUGUUUGCUGUAAACCAGAGGACGAGCUGAAGCUGAAUCUCUGUCUGAUGAACCAAACAGAACAGCAGCAGAUUAUGACCUGGAGAGUUCAUCUGCACAUAAGGAACUUACACAAAGAGGUUCACUGACUCAGCCGUGUCUUUUUCUCACCUCUGCUUUGACCUGUUUCCUACGGUUGCCAAUUUGAACUUGAACACAUCACCUGCUCAGUCUACUCAAACGAUUGGCAGAUAUAUGAAACUAGCCUUACUUUGACAUGUAGGUAGGUAUCAGUCUUUCAAACAGCAGCUUCCACGACUGUGCUCCAAUGGAUCCUACUGUAGUUAUGGACAGACACCUCCUAUUCUUAUCCCUAUGAGCUCCCCAGGCUCUGACCUCACCCUGACAUCUGCAACCCUCCCAGUCAAGUUAAUAUCUGAACUUAACCAUCUUGACUAUUACUUCUAUGGGACCAUUUUUCAUUUUGUAAAAAACCCAGCCUUCCAUGGUGACAUCUGCCCUGGUGUUUGAAUCCCUGCCCACAUGUCCAGUAACUCAUCCAGGUGUACUUAAGCCAAUCAGAACGUUCAUCCCAGAGGAGGGAUUAAGAAGGGGGUCAUCAGAAUUGGGUUCCUGUGUUGCAAGAUAGGGAAGUGUGCAGGUUGUUGUAAGUGGUCUUACAGAACAAAGAACAACUCAUAAACUAGUUUCUUCAGGUCUUCCAUAAAAAAGAUGACGUCAUGAGAGCAGCUGCUACAGCAGCUUCCAUGCGGCAAAAAAACAAAACAAGCAACUGUAGUGGGACAGAGGCACUCUAAUGAUUGAUUAGGGCCAAAUAAAUCCCCUCCUGAAUGAUGAGGAGUGUGUUCAUGAGGAUCAGUGGGAUCCAUCAUGUUGUGCUUGAAUUUAGUUUGGCUCUCAGAUUAGUCUGAUUCAAGUCAGACUGUUUCGCCAAAUUAAAGAGGUAAGGUGGUAAGGUGGCUAUUAAAGUUAGCCACCUUACCUCAGGCUAGCUCAGGACAAAGACUCAUUCCCACGGCAACAGUUUGUGACAUCUGCUGCCCAGUUACAACAAAUAGAAGAUAUCUUAUAAUGUGUGGUUAGUUAACAGUGUUGCUUAGCGAGUGAUGAGGAGCGAGAGAGUGGUCAGAGAGUAACCUGUAACCACAGUAACCUGUUGGAAAUAUAAAGCAUUGAGGACAUCAGUUGUUCAGAGUCCUGCCACAUGAAGACACCACAGCAGCUCAGGGAUGAACUGCACCGACAUCUGAUCUGAGAUCUGAUGCUGCUGAGCCUUUCCUGUAUGGUUCCACUUUCACAUUAAAAUGUCCUCUUACCUGUCCAAUUCUUCCAGAACGCUGAGAGCUUUGACUCAGUUGCUUGGAUCAGUCAUGUUUUUCAGUUCGGAAAAAGGUCUUCAUUGACCCAGAAUCCAUUGCAAAUUGGUCCUAGUCAAGAACCAGAAAGCUUUGAGCAGUAGAUGAAUUUCGAUGUGUGUCUGAAGUCUGAGUGUUUGUGUGAUCUAAGCCAUAGUCUCUGUAAAACCAGCCCUAAUGUGAACCUGAAUCCCUGUGGACUGUUGCCAUCCAUUUGUUCCUGAUAUUUCUUCAGUGGGCUGUCUGUGAAAUUACGUUGUGUCAGAUAUGGUCUGUCACAGUCCUCUGCACUUUAGCCCCAGAACAGCGAGAAAGGUCACUAUGAAAAAUCCAUCUUUUGUAGCCUCUUUCAUACAUAAAGCUAGGAAGUGCCAGUUCAACCAGAUUAUGAUAAAUCUCACUCGCAUCUAAUUGUAUGGAGACUGUUUAUGUACGUGUGUGUUUUUAUUCAAACAUUUUAAUUUUGAGCAGCGGGAACACAUUUCUGUUGUAUUAGAGGUGGAGGACCAACUUUAGAUCAUGUGUGAAUGGGGGCACACGCCAAGACCACUACAACCCUCUGCUCUGUGGAAGUUGCUGUUUUAGUGUCACCUUUGCCUUAUUUAACCAAAGAGAUUAUGGGAUCACGUUGUAAUUUAUAUAAGAGAAGAUGUAUUUAGAUGGUAAUUUAACUUAUUUCUGUCUGUUUUGUGGUGGUUUCUGUUGUUUUUUGCUCUGAAAUUAAGGCACCAAAGUUGUAUUUUUAUACAAAAUCUCCAGAUAAUGUAUCCUGUGGGUGAGUGAUGGGGGGGUUCUUGAAUGUAAGGUUCUUGUUAAGUUACACGACUAACUUGUGGAUAUAUUUUGCAGUGCAAUGUUGAUCAAUAAGGUUAUUGUUUAAAAUAGUUGUUCAUAGUGACUGAAUUUGAUCUCAGACUAAAAUUAAACAGUGAAUCAGUGAAUUUAACACUUCUUUCAACAUUUGAACAUCCUCAAUGAAAAUGGUAAAGCUUAGACACAAAAAGCUCAUUUUUUUCUUCCAGAUUUGUUUGCAUUUAUAAUCACAGUCUGUUGACUUAUUGUUGUUCACUAUAUGAGAUUAAAGUCCACAGAAUACAAACACUUGUUAAUGGGAAAGAAAUGUUUAUGUGAAACUCUGGGAUCACUUCCUUUCAUGCUGGUAACUUUGAGACUACAUUAUGCCUUCCUUAGAACAGGACAACAUGUUGUGUAUAUUUAUUAUGUCAGUGGUAGAUCUAGUACCUAAAACAUUGUGUGCCUUGUUUGUUGUCCUUUUGCUUGACAGUAGAUUUUGUAAAACAUAUCUGAUUGCUCCCAGCGACUGUGGUUGGGGGUUGCGUCCCUCCUAGAGCAUUCUGGGGAAAAAAAAUAAAGCAUUUUGUUCUUCA